AUGUACGGCCUAUUCGUCGCUCUCCUGGCCCUGCAUGGCUUGGUGGUUUCAGCUCAAGACUCCCACUCCAUCGAGAAAGUAUGGGGAGUCUUUGCAUUUACUGUCCACGGAGACAGCAAGCCCAGUGCGCUCACCAGCUCUCAGACCUUGACCGACUAUGGAGCCAACGAACUCGCCGCGGCAGCAUCGGAUUUCCGUUCUCGUUAUGUAUCUGGACACUCUAAUACUCAAAUCCAGAACAUAUCCCCAAUAAUUUUGGACCCAAACGAUGUGGAUGUGCUCUCGACAACAGACCAAAACAUUGUUGGCUCCGCCCAAGCAUUCAUGCAGGGUCUAUACCCACCACUCGGCUCAAUGGACAUACCGAGUAGCCAAAUUGCGAACGGAUCGUUUGCACAGGCGCCAUUGAACGGAUACCAAUAUCCUCGGAUUGUCACAGUCGGCGAGGCAGAUCCCCAGUCUAUUUUCAUAGAAGGUCACGCAAUGUGUGACAUGUAUGAUGCCGCCGAGGGCGAAUACUGUGGCAGCGACGAAGUCCAAGAUAUCACACGAGAUACAGAAGCCUUUUAUAGGAAACUGUGGAAACUGGCAUUGUCUGGAGUCUACGAUGAAUCGUCCGCAACUUACACGAAUGCCGUCACAAUCUCGGAAUAUUUGGAUUAUGAAGUUGUGCAUAAUGACAGCUUGUUGGAAAGUCUGAAUCAAGCCGACAUCCUUCGUGCCCGCUCGCUAGCGGACCAGUACGUAUGGAGAACAAACAGCCAACAAUCAUCUUCCAGCGGUUCUGUGAUCGGAGUAGCCAGUCCGAUUGCGGGACAGACAUUGGCAUCGAGCAUUCUAGAAGCCUUCGAUCUGAACAUCCAGGAAAGUGGCACCCGGCAGAAGAUGACCCUGUUGUUCGGUGGUGAUGAGCCAGCUGUUGCCCUGUCGUCUCUGGUGGGACUCGCAAACCAGCAUCAACCCAACUUCUUCUCCCGCUUGGUACGAGGUGGCUCGUUUGUUUUCGAGCUGUACAGCUUCGAGGAUAGCAGCAACUUGUAUCCAUCCUACCCUGGAAUCGACAAUUUGUAUGUGAGAUUCUUGCUUCACAAUGGGACCGACAACACCACCGAAUUCGAAUCGUAUUCCCUCUUUGGACACAGUCCCAGUCGUGCAUCAAUCCCAUAUACUGAGUUCCAAUCCGAGCUGGAGACAUUUGCCGUGGCUUCAACCCAAGAAUGGUGCCUCCGAUGUAACGCUCAAACUGUGUUCUGCAAUGGAGUGUUAGACCCGAGUGUAUCCCAGCCAAAGAAGAACAAAGGUAUGGCUCCCGCUGUAGCCGGUGUCAUUGGGGCUGUUAUCACGCUCGCUGUCGUUGGACUCGCAGCAGUCAUUGUACUCCUCAUGUAUCGUGCUCGCAAGGGCAACAACCCCAAGAAAGGAAGCUUGGGAGGGUUCAAAGGCCCUGGUAAACAUGCCAGUGAUGCCGAUGUGUCGUUCAGUGAACCCAUAUGGAGAAACUCCAAGACCGACAAUACGCAAUCGUCUAGUGGUGUCGACGCUGGAGUUGGAGUUGCUGUACAGGGCCAUGAACGCACCGGAAGCUGGGAGAUGGGGCAGGGGAAAAAGGAGAUUGAGAAUAAUCAGCCCGAUGGCAUGGAAGCGAGGUCGCCUUUUGAGGAUCAUGAAGAGGAUUGGGUUGUACACAGUGGCCUUCAGCCUGUGAAAAUCAGGGAGAGUGUAUAG